AUCUUUAUCCUUACGACAGAAGUCCGAAUUGAUCCGAGCCAGCAAACUGGAUCGAAAGAUGACAAGACUCCAAGUAUAUUUUGGAUCUGCAAUGGUUGGCUCCGUUUGGCUUCAGGUCUGUCUGACUGGCCGCGCCUACUGCCCUAUAUGGCCUAUGCCCGAGAGUGAGCUAGGCCAGCUGAAACCACAAAGAGAACAGACGUUCUGCGCGUAGUGAGACUUCAUCAGGACCUGCUAGUGGUCAGCAGGCAGGUAGAGGUGCUCUUCUCCGAUAGCAUAAUGCAUUAUAUGCUCUGCUGCUUCUCGGUGCCGCUCAUAAGUACUCUACAGGUCCUCCAGAACGAUCUUGCCUUCCUUACAUUCACCGGUGCAUUUAUUAACCUAGCAGUGUUCAUGCCAUUAGCAGUUCUGAGCCAACGACUGUCAGAUGCCAGCAUCUCAGUGCGAGCUGGUGCCUAUUCGGCUGCCAUGACGGUGAGAGGCGAGGAGACGGUGCCGGUGCGACAAGCUCUCCAACUCGUUCUGCUGGCAGCGGGAAGACCAGCGUGCCUCUCUUUCAAGGGACUGGGUCCGCUUACCCUGAGUAGUGCGGGAAACGCAUUGCGGGCGUGGUACUCUUUUACCAAUGUGCUCGUCAAAGUAGGGUAGAAAAUGUAACGCAAAUACCUCCCCAACAAAGGUGUAAUUAAAAAUAUUCUAAAAAAAUAAGGAA